CCCGGUACCUCUCUUCUUGCCUUGCCCACUCCAUUCUUUCGCCCUUCACCGGACUUGUCCAUUCAUCAACUGAUCCGGCCGGUCCUAGCGAUCACCAUCCCCUUGCCUUGCAUGCCCAUGCCUUUACUUCUCUACUAGUACAGUAUUACUAUUAUUUCCUUUCGAGGAGCAAUCAAGAGUCGUUUCUUGAGGCUUCGGGUUUCUGCGCCCCCGAAUCCGGCAUCUCUCUCGCCGUACGUCCGCGGCACCAUGAGAAAUUGAGAGGAAAGGAAUAAACAUCAGUUCAUGACUUAUUCUGUCCCACUUUGCGGAUUCUCUUGAUCUCUUCUCGCUGAGGUGGGGUUUACCUUACCUGUGGGUUAAGCUACUCAACCCCGACCCGAAUAAAGUCAAAUGUCUGGGCUUGUUGUUAUCCGGUUAUUAACCUAAUAUAUAAUAUUUGAAUCUUGGGCUUCUUUCUGAAUAAGACAGUGAUGGUGUCUUAUUCUGGCCGGUGUGAUACGAGUUCAGUUAUUUUCAUUUUAUAUUUACAGUCAGCCCUCGUCUUAUUUGUACACUUGGUGCACUUGCUGCACAGUUGUUGGUCUGUUUCUUUUUAUUUUCUUUGAAGAGUCUGUAUCUGUCUUGUGGAUACUCUUAAUUAUGAUCACAUUUCAAUAUCUGUCUCAGACUCUAGGUUAAUGCAUGCAAGUCUGUUUUUCAUUAUAACUUAUAAGUAUAAUGUUAUUCCUUAAGAGAGUGUGAUUCCUUGUUUAAAUUAGUUACUUCGUUUGUGCAAAUCUCCGUGAGGACUAUGAUGACGAGUAUUUUUUUUAUCUCGUUAUAAUAGUUCGAUUCCUGCAGAACAGAUUCGCUUAGUCCAUGUCGUAAGCUGCGUAUCGUUUUCCUCUUUCUGUACCUUUGCAUUGCUUUUCAGUCUUCUCUUGUGUCUCAAACACUAAUUCGCCACGUUGCCGAGGAAUAAACAUCAAUUCAUGAAUUAUUCUGUUCCUGUUUGCGGAUUCUUGCUGAGGUGGGGUUUAAGUUAACUGUGGGUUAAGCUACUCAACCUCCGAAUAAAGUUAACUUACUACUGUAUAUAUAUAUAUACUUGAAUCUUGGAGAGAUGGGUACCGGCGUUCUUUCAGAGUAAGACAGUGAUUGUGUCUUAUUCUGGCUGGUGUGAUCCGAGUUCAAUUAUUUUCAUUUUCGAUUCAAAGUCAGCUCUCGUCUUAUUGUCACCUGGUACACUUGGUGCACAAUUGGUCUUUUUAUUUUUCUUUUUCUUUGAAGAAGUCUGUAUCUGUCUUUUGGCUACUCUUAAUUCACAUAUAUGAUCACAUCUCAAUAUCUGUCUCAGACUCUAGGUUUAUGCACGCAAGUCUGUUUUUGGUUAUAAGUAUGUUAUUUCUGAAGAGUGUGAUUCCUUGUGUUAAAUUGGUUGCUUCGUUUGUGCAAAUCUGUGUUAGUUUGGGUAAAAUAAUCUGAGAGUGGUUGCUUUAUCUAUAAACAAAGCAAAAGUCUGUUCUCUAUAAUUUGGAUAAAUUGGUUCAAGACCGAUAUUUACAUUUAAUGGUUACUGGAUAUAAGGAGUACAUCUAGAACAUCCUUUCUUAGUUUACAGAGAUGAUACUGCAACCAGGCUUUAUGUUACUGGAUUGCCAAAAAAAUGUCCAAUGAAUUUUUGGAAUUUCAAAAUGGAGUUUGACGACAUCUUUUUAUUAACAUAAGUUCUUUCCAAAUUGGAAUUUUCAUCUGGUAACAAAAACCCGAUUGCAACUAACUGUGGUUAAAAAUUCCGACUACUAACAAAAAUACUGUUGCCUUACUUUGUGCUUUAACUCUUUAACUUUCCAGACAUAGUUUCCUCAAGAAUGCUUGGCUCUACCUAUUUUUUCAGGCUUUUCGGUGGACAAGAUGAAGUUUGGUUCAAUAUAUGAGGAAUACCUCAGGGCAGAGCAGGACAAAUAUCUUGCUAAAUGCUCCCAUGUAGAGUACAAACGUCUGAAGAAGGUAUUGAAGCGAUGCCGACUUGAUCGCUCAUUGCAAGCAGAUGGCACCAACGGUGACCAGCAGGAGGACAGGAGUGACGAUUCUUCAGAUGCUUGCGACUGCAAUUCUUGCACAUUGUGUGAUCAGAUGUUCUUUACAGAACUCACCAAGGAGGCUUCAGAUAUAGCUGGCUAUUUCAGCUCUAGAGUGCAGCAUCUUCUAAAUCUUCAUGUUCCUUCAGGAUUGCAACGGUAUAUAUGGCGCGUACGUCAAUGCUUCAUAGAUGAUCAACAAAUCAUGGUUCAAGAAGGCAGACUGCUAGUCAACUAUGUGACUAUGAAUGCUAUUGCUAUUCGCAAAAUUCUCAAGAAAUAUGACAAAGUACAUGGCUCUGUCAGCGGUAGAGAUUUCAAGAGCAAGAUGCAAACUGAGCAUACCGAAUUGUUACAGUCACCUUGGCUGAUCGAACUGGGUGCUUUCCAUCUGAACUGUGAUAGUUCAGAUAUUGAUGAACCUGUAGGGUUCUUCAAGAACGGAUUCUUCAAGAAUUUUUCCUGUGACUUUACAGGAACACAGCCAGUAAUGACAAUGGCCAUUUCUGAAACUAUCAAGUAUGACUACAGUCUAACUUGUCCAAUUUGCUUGGACACCUUAUUCAAUCCAUACGCGCUUAGCUGCGGUCACCUCUUCUGCAAAGGCUGUGCAUGUGGUGCUGCAUCCGUGUACAUCUUCCAGGGUGUUAGGAGCGCGCCUCCAGAGGCCAAGUGUCCUGUAUGCCGAGAGGUUGGUGUCUUUGCCCAUGCCGUGCACAUGAAUGAGCUUGACUUGCUCAUCAAAACCAGGUGCAAAGAUUACUGGAGAUGCAGGCUACGCGAGGAGCGGACCGAGAUGGUGAAGCAAUCCAAAGAAUACUGGGAGUCCCAGGCCAUGCUUUCGAUGGGCAUCUGAACCACCCUGGCAUUGCCAUUCGUUGCUUACCAUUGGCGAUCGAUCGUCAAUAACUAUCCAGCAGCGCUCGAGUCUCGGGCGUGAAGAUUCCUCUAAGAUAGCAGAUUUGAUCCAUUGACUGCUACUCUGCUACUGAUUAUUACUCUACCAACCAAGCAAGAAGAUGUACCCAAAGAUAGCAGAGACUGACAUAACUGGGGAGGGGAGGGCUUCCAGGGGAAGCAUGUUCCCUCUUGCCUUUUGAUGUUUCAGAUCCAACCAAUUCCUUUGUUUCUUCCGUUGUACUGUACUGCAAGACUAGUUUGGAAUGGUUGAGCUCAGUUUAGCUACUUUUUUCCUACCUGUCUAGUACGGUUUCGCUCUCUGCUUUUGAACGCGGAAUUCCUAAGAGAAAACAGCUGAAUUAGAAGCGAUCUCCCGGUAGCUGAGCACUUGCCUGCGUUGAUUUACACCUGUCUGUCUCUGUCUGUUCAGGAUGUUCCCACUUCAAUCUGUGCUUUUGAAACGAG